UGUUGACUGUGAGUUAGAAUUACCAAAUGUUUGACAUCCAGUAGCCGAUUAUUAAUUAAUCAAUGUGCUCCAAUGGUGUCGUUAAACAAAACAAACAAACUGACCAUUCGGUGUCUAACGCGGUCGGAGAGUAAGACAAGAAAAUAAAUGUUCGCAAAUUGACUCACUUUUUAUUAAAUCGCGUAAAUAAAGUAUAUUACAGUACUCCUAUCCCACUGACAAGACAACACAUACCACGGCCUUUUGGUAUAUUCGUAGAGCAUUUUUGGAAUUGAAAAAACAAAACAAAAAAAACAUCGCUCUUCAGGCAAACGUUCUGCCACAGACAGCAUAGAAGAUUGCUCAGUUUAACCACUUGCUGUUCAAAAUGUCAAUAUCUGAAAAAAUAUUAAUAGUUGACCCCUAGUGUGACAUUUCCAGUUGACCACUACCACCGUAAGUGUUCAUUGCUACACUGGCUUCAUCCGUAUUGCCUUUGAGAGAUAACGUCUGAUGCACAGCGUAAUGCGAGUUACAAGGUACCUGUGAUAGAUGUCGUCGAAUCAAAAACCAAGGGGAAUUUUAUACGGGUUGAUACAUUCACCACCGGGUUUCAGUGGAUUAUUGUAUUCGCCAGUCUGACAAAGAUAACCGUUACUAAUAACCACCAGCGUUAUAUGUGCAAAGAUGUGUAGGAGAUGGGCCAUGGUCAUCGUAAAGAGCCACGGCCACUGUGUACAGCGCAUGUUUGGCGACCCGCUCCUGAGGCACGUGGUGGCCGUGUCGGUAUGCACGUUCACUGUGAUCCUGCCUCUGACGUGCUUCAACGUGCGCCACUCUGUGUACUCGCUGUGGCAGACGGACAGGGACAGGGAGCAGACGAGACUCGCCGCGGCCAACACACGACGUCUGCAGGAAAACCUGGCGCACCUGCGCGCCUUUAACGCGACCGCCCUGUGCCCAGACAACACGUCCGACAAGCAGCCGAAGACCUGGAAACACCUGCACGUUGCGAUCACCAUCAUCACGGUAUCGAGAAACAGGCACCGCGUGGAACACUACGAAACGCAGUACCUGUCGCAGGUCGUCGGCCGUUUUCUCUACCUCCUGAACAAAACGAUAAGCGACAGGACGUACAGACUGUUCGUCUGCAAUGUGGACCAGGAUCCGGACAGUUACGGCGAAAUGAAAGCGCUGCCGGCCAGCAUUCCGACGUUCGAGCGAUAUUCGCAGACAGAGAAGCCGCCAAAGGACAUCUUCGAGAAGGAGAAGCAGGAUUAUAUAUUCUGUAUGGAGGAGAGCCUCAAGAUGAACCCCUCGUACGUGUUUCUCGUCGAGGACGACGCCUACCCUCACCGCCACCUGCUACCCGUGCUGGAGCACGUCAUUGAUUAUCACAUAGAGAGGCGCAACACCAUUGGUGCUCGGAACUUCCUGCAUAGGAUCGUGACGUACGUCAAGUUCUACCACCCAGAACGCUUGUUGGGCUACUACAGUUUAGAAGCUGAACGCAUCCCCGAACUUGUUGGUGCUAGUCUCGUGCUGGGGACCGGGCUGUUCCUGUUUUACAUGCAUUUUGUGGUUGCGUGGAAGCCAAACAAAGUGAAUGUGACGUGGGCGUUAUGCAUCGUGUAUUGUUGUCUUGUGUGUGUUUCCAUUGGGAGACAGAACCUUCUGGAACUUAGGCGCCUUUCCACGCACCUCUACCAAGUGACGCCCGCCCCUUCGUGCUGCACGCCCGCCAUGUUGUACACAAAACGUGGCGGAGAAAUGGUCGCCACUCAUUUGAAAGGGGUAAAGUGCAAACAGUAUUUCGGAAAGGACAAGGCGCUAGAAGAAAUUCGUAGGCGAGAGAAAUACGUUGGACUGUUAGUGCAGCCUAACGUUUUUGAGCAUAUAGGAAUGUAUUCGUCAGUAAGACAGAGUAUGGUCGAUCCGUUUGCGGUCUAAAUAUCAACCCGCACAGAACCACACAGAGACUGACACAUGCACGCACAGAACCACACAGAGACUCGCACAUGCACGUACCGAACCACACAGAGACUCGCACACGCGCAUAGAACCACACGGAGACUCACACAUGCACGCACCGAACCACACAGAGACUCGCACAUGCACGCACCGAACCACACAGAGACUCGCACAUGCACGCACCGAACCACACAGAGACUCGCACAUGCACGCACCGAACCACACGGAGACUCACACAUACACGCACAGAACCACACAGAGACUCACACAUGCACGUACCGAACCGCACAGAGACUCCACACACAUAUUCCCACAUACACGCACAGAACCACACAGACUCACACAUGCACGCACAGAACCACACACUCGCACAUGCACGCACAGAACCACACAGACUCGCACAUACACGCACAGAACCACACAGCGACUCACACAUGCACGCACAGAGCCACACAGAGACUCGCACAUGCACGCACCGAACCACACAGAGACUCACACAUACACGCACCGAACGCAAAAACUCGUCUGACCAAGCUAAGCUAUCUGUUAGAAGUGCAGUUCAAUAACACACAUUCAUAUAUACAAACGUUUACAUGGAAUCACACACACACACACACACACACACACACACACACACACACACACACACACACACACACA